UAUCCCCCUCCACACAUUCAGGCAUCAGGGGGGACGGUAGAAGCAUGUGCAGAUCUCUGGAUAGUUAGUUAUAUGACAGAGAAACUGUUUUGAUAUAGUGUAAACAACACCACGGAGGUGAAAGCCAUCUUCUGAAGCAAGCUGUUGAUGAUCUGGUGAGCGAGAGGGAAAGGGAGAGAGAGAGAGAGAGAGAGAGAGUGAGAGAGAGAGAGAGAGAGAGAGAGAGAGAGAGAGAGAGAGAGAGAGAGAGAGAGAGCAAGAGCAGCUGGAGGCGACGGAGAGAGGAGCUGCCAUACGAAAGCCAGCUACCGACGAGGAAACAGGAGCAUGAAAAGAAGCAGGAGUACGAAGCAUUGCAACUGAUCGCCAUGGGAAACACCGACAGCCAGUUCGGCAGCGUCAUCGCUCCUGGCAAGUCCUGCUCUUCCGGCUACCCCUCCUCCUCCUCCAAGCGGGGCAAGGAGGUGCCCUCCGCCCAGUGCUGGUGGCAGGGCAGCAGGUCCGGGGCCGGGGCCCGGGCCGGGGCCGGUGCCCGCGGUUACCCCCAGCCCAACAGCUCCUGGCAGUACCAACACCUUCCACACGGGGGCGCUAUCACGACGGGUGGACCGAUCCGAGACAAUGUAUCCCAAGUUGGGGGUCAAAUCGACGGCGGUUGUCGUGGUUACCUGGAGAGCAGCAUCAGAGGAGGUGGGGGCGGGCCCCUGGAGAAGCGGGGCGGUAGCCCCAAGGUGCUGCUCAGCAAGGACGGCAGCAUGAGGGUGGAGUUCACCAAGGGACGGGUGGUCCCGGCCGCGGGGGACCCGGGACCCCAGGGCCCCCCCGCCGCCUCCAAGGGGCCCGAGGUGCUGCGCACCAGCAAGGGCAGCUCCCUGAGCUCGGACGGCUCCUGGUACGACUCCCCCUGGGGGGUUGGCGGCGGCGGCGGCGGCGUUAAUGGCGAGCUAGCGGACAGCGUGUUCAUCUGCGGGCCCGAGGACGCCAGCGUGGGCUACGCCAGCAGCGGCUACAACACCUUCUCCUCCGCCCAGAUGGACGACGUCUCCACGGGGGGCUUCAACGCCAGCCUCCUGUUCCCCGGCGCCACCGGCAACGCCGGCGCCAAAGUGGCGGGCAGCGGGAGCUUCAUCACGUGUUCGUCCGGGCGCACCGAGGACAGCGACAUGGGCGACUCGGCCGUCGAGUCCGAGACGCGGGACUCCGCCCUGGGCUCGCCGGGCUUCGUGAGUUCCCCCCACCACGCCACCGUGGCGCCCUUCCCCACGGCCGCCGGCCCCCAGCUCCACGGCCCCCUCCCCGGGAGGGGCUCCCCCUCCUUCCCCCGGGACGCCGCCGCCGUAAGGGAGGAGACACUUGAGGACAGCUACUCAUCGCGCACGCUACCCUGCCCCAAGGCGGGGCCCGGCUGUGACGGUGGCGCUGACGCCUUCGUUGCCCCGGGCAACAACCGGAAGGACUUCCUGAAGAACCGUAUCAGACGCCUCAGCGACUGGACGGGAAGUCUGAGCAGGAAGAAGCGGCGGAUGCAGGAGCCAUACGGCAGCGAGACCGGCGAAGCCUUCAGCGGUGGCGUUGUCAACCCCGACCCCAACCACCACCACCACCACCUCCAGCCCGGCACUCUGUGGGCCACCAACCCCCUCCACGUACAAAACCAGAGCCAGCCGCCCCCGGCCCAGAACCACUUCCAGCAGGCCCAGCCCCCCCAGAACCACCCCCCCGGCUGCAGCAGCAGCAGCAGCAGUAACGCGGCGCUGCGUCACAACAUCUACCAGAACUUCAUGCAGGAGCUGGAGACGGGCCGCAGCGAGGCGGGCCGCACCAACCCCUCGGACGGGGCCGUGGACGAAGAGGACGAGGACGAGGACGAGGGGGCGGGGGAGGAGAUGGCGGGGGGAGGGGACGGGGGGGAGGAGAGCAGCGGCGGGUCCAUGGGGUGCUCCCUGGAGCAGCUGGACCUCCUGUUUGAGAAGGAGCAGGGCGUGGUCCGCAGGGCGGGCUGGCUGUCCUUCAAGGCCCUCAUCACCGUCACCAAGGACCAGAAGCUGGAGAUGGUAGCGCGACGCAAGUGGAAGCAGUACUGGGUCACGCUCAAAGGUUGCACCCUGCUGUUCUACGAGACCUACGGGAAGAGCACGGCGGAGCUGGAGGACUCGUGCUACGCGCUGCUGGCCCAGGACAGCCUCGUCCAGGCGGUCCCCGAGCACCCCAAAAAGGAGAACGUCUUCUGCCUCAGCAACUCCUACGGAGACGUCUACCUCUUCCAGGCGGCCAACCAGACGGACCUGGAGAACUGGGUGACGGCGGUGCACUCGGCCAGCGCCGCCCUGCUGGCCAAGAGGCAGGGCCGGCGGCGGGAGGCCACGGUGCGCCUGCUGCGAGGCCGCACCCGCCUGCUGCUGCAGGAGAUCGACAUGGACAGCAAGAUGAAGAAGAUGGCCGACCUGCAGCUGUCCGUCAUCCGGGACCACAAGAACCGCAGGGCCGUCGAGAGCCAGAUCCGCCAGUGGGAGCAGAACCUGGAGAAGCUGAGUGUGGACGUGUUCCGGCUGCGCUGCUACCAGGCCAGCCUGCAGGGCAGCGAGCCCCCCAACCCCAAGAGCCUGCUGGCCAUGGCCAGCCGGCCCUCCAAGGCCCUGCUGGGACGCCUGGGGGUCUUCUCUGUGUCCUCCCUCCAUGCCCUGGUGUGUACCCGUGAGGACUUGUCUCUUCGGAGGCGAAGCUCCACUCUGUGUGGGGGGGCGCGUGGUAAGAGAGGACUGUUCUCCUCCCUCAAGACCCUGGACACCCUGACCAGACGCAGCAGGCAACAAAGACACUCGGCCUCUCAGGUCUUUGAGUGUCAGACUCUGGGCCGCCCCGCCCACCCGGUCUCCGUCUGUAGCUCGGAGCAGAGAUUGGAUGUUUUGGGCCAAACCCACCCAGCAGCGCCCUCUGUGGACCACUCCUGGUAUGGCAGCCUGAAGGCCCAGGUGUUCGUCACUCUGCCUGAGGGCCGGGUCAUGGCUGUUCCCGUAGCAGAAGACUGUUUGGUGUCAGAGCUCCUCGCCGUGGUGUGUGAGGAGAGACAGCUUGACCAGAAUCUGUUCGGCCUGCGUGUGAAACGACUCGUGGGUCAGAGACCAGAGAUCAGCAAGGCGGAGCCGACUGAACCGCUCAGAGACCUGGAGUACGACGAGCUGGAGGUGUUCUCUCUGCCCGUGUUCACCGUGACGCUCUCUCGCCCAGACUCCGUCCUGGACUUCGGUUUUGCGGUGACGGGUCACGUAGACGGUGCGGGACGGAGCCACAUGUACGUGAGCGAGAUGGACCCCCUGGGGCUGGCGGUCAGCGAGGGGCUGAGAGCGGGGGAUGAGAUCCUGGUUCUGAACGGCUGCAGUGUGUCGGGUCUGGACCUGGGCCUCAUGCACACCUUCUUCCACCAGCCCUCCCUGCAGCUGGAGCUGCGGAGGGAGGGGGAGGGGCCUGGGGAGCCCGGGAGCGCCUGGUCCCAUUGGAACCCAGACCUUCUACUGAGAGGAGAGAGUCCUGAUCCGCCCCCGCCUCCACCUCCUGGUUUUGAGGAUGACCCAGCAAACCCUUCCCUGUCUAAGGUCACGCCAACUACGGAACAGAACGUGGACCAAGUGUGCACGCUGUACCAGACGUUCCCAGAGAGCUGUGUCUCUGAGGUGGAGGCCCCCAGGAACCCCUACCUGAGGGAGGCCAAUGGGCAGCCGGCCUGCCCAGGACAGGGGCCCCUCUCCCAGCCACCCUACCCGGGACACAUGCCCAUCUCCCAGAGACUCUGCAAGGUCAUCCAGGAGCUUGUGGACACAGAGAAGUCCUACGUCAAGGACCUGGGCUGUCUGUUUGACAUCUACCUGACCCCACUGCAACACGAGAGCUUCCUCAGCAAAGAAGAGAUGGAGUCUCUGUUUGGAAGUCUGCCGGAGAUGCUGGACUUCCAGAGAGUCUUUUCACAAACCCUGGAGGACCGCAUCUCCUGCUGCCCCAACCUCAACUCCCUGGAGACCCCCGAACAGUUCAAGAAACUUCUCUUCUCUCUGGGAGGCUCCUUCCUGUACUAUGCCGACCACUUCAAGCUCUACAGCGGGUUCUGUGCCAACCACAUCAAGGUUCAGAAGGUUCUGGAGCGAGCCAAGACGGACCAGACCUUCAAGGAGUUCCUGGAGGCGAGGAACCCCACCAAGCAGCACUCGUCCACGCUGGAGUCCUACCUGAUCAAACCGGUCCAGAGGGUCCUCAAGUACCCCCUGCUGCUGAAGGAGCUGGUGUCGCUGACGGACGCCCAGAGCCCCGAACACAGCCACCUCACAGAGGCUCUCCGGGCCAUGGAGAAGGUGGCCAGCCACAUCAACGACAUGCAGAAGAUAUACGAGGACUUUGGGCCCGUGUUCGACCAGCUGGCUGCUGAGCAGAACAGCCCCGACAAGGAGGUCACUGAGAUCUCCAUGGGUGAGUUCCUGAUCCAUGCCCCGGUGGUGUGGCUCAACCCCCUCCCCUCUCUUGGACGGAUGAGGAAAGAUCCGGAGCUAACGCUGUUUGUGUUCAAGCGGGCAGUGAUCCUGGUGUACCGGGAGAGUGUCAAGCUGAAGAAGAGAAUGACCAGUUCACGGUCCAGUGACCAGGACCUGGUGCGGUUCCGCUGGCUGGUGCCAGCCUCGGCAGUCCAGGUCCGCCUGGGGAACAUCACAGGAACAGACAACCCUUGUGUAUGGGAGCUGGUUCACACCAGAUCGGAGGUGGAGGGGAGACCAGAGAUGGUGUUCCAGCUCUGUAGCAGCGGUCUGGAGAGCAAGGCCGGCGUGGUGGGAGCCCUGCGCUCCAUCCCGCGAGACGGGGGCACCGCCCGACGCUCCGGCCAAGCCGACAAGACCCCCGCCGCCUCCUCCCUGCGGAGGCCCCGGGCCCCCACGGACCGGGCCGACCCCUGGCGGCGGCGGCAGAACCAGCAGCUCCACCAGCAGGCGCGGCGCGCCGAACGCUCCGGCGGGGGGGGCAGCGCGGCGUCGGAGCGGGCCGCGCCCGGCCGCGCCUCCCCUGACGGCUCCCUGCUGGGGGAGGACUGCUGCUCCGAGCCCCUCCCGCCUCCCCCCUCCGGCCCCCCCCGCGCCGGAGCCCCCCUCGCCCCGGCCAAGGACGCCCUCCUGGGGAAGAGGGCCCGGCUGUGCCCCCUCACGGACGACCUGGAGGCCCACCUCCGGAGGCUCAACUUCAAGGAGGACCCUGGGUCCUCCAGCGCCGCCUCUCUCCCCCAGGAUCAGGAGGGGACGCUGGGGCGCAGCCGGGCCCGGCAGCAGCCCCUCUGGAUCCCCAGGGCCCCGGCGAGCCUGCAGCAGCAGCAGGAGCAGGAGGAGGUCCGGUGUCUGAACAGCCUCCUGGAGAGGGACUUCAGUGUGCAGAGCAUGGCGUCCGUGGUGAAUGAGGACUGCUUCUAUGACUCGGUGCUGGGCGUACACAAGGCCGCCAUAGCCUCUCUGUGAGCAGGGCGAUAGAGGGAGGGUCGACGGGGACCUGGGUGUUAACCAGAGGACAUGUUGGCCUGACAAAUGGGGGCAGUGAUUGCGAAAGCUAACCAAAGAAUACGGAUAAGAAUCGCACUUCAUACCACUGUUGUAACGCGGACAAGAAAAGUGUAACAGACAUGGACAAACAGUCAUCUAUGUUUUGGAAGCGAUUUCUUGGGCAUUUUGUCACAGUCAAUGUGCCCUAAUGUAAUUAAACUUGCAAGAUUCGAAGCUCAGCUCAACUGACAUUUUUUGAGUUCUAAAUUAGCUCCGUAUCCGCUCGUUCUCUACGCCAUCUUCAAGUACUACCUAAAGGAUGGAGUUCCUAUCACUGUAUUUAUUGCAGAGGAAUCUCAAGGGUCAUUCCGGAUUUCAAAAGAAACAUGAAUUGGCUUUUCAUGCUCGUGAACAGUGCUCGUUCCAUCGGGUUUGCGGCUUCGACAAAAGUAACUGUAAAACAGCGACACCAGGUGGUCAAUUCACUCAGUCACCUGCCCUCAAAUCCUUGUUUCUUUUCUGUGUUUUGUAAUACGAUUGUAAAUAAUUUACCCUUGUUUUUUUACAUUAUGUACAGUUUGUAUUAAUGUCUAUAGCUUCGAAAUCUAUUAUCUGUAUUGUUAUUUUUGUUCACUUUUUUUAUAUUAAGACAAGAGCAGUUAUUUGUAUAUUCCUGACUGCUUGAUCGGAAUAACCCUCUGUAUAUUCUGCAUGUCAUAUAAUUGUAUUUAUAUAUUUUGUCAUAUUUGCGUAAUUUCGUGUUCUGAUGAACAGUGUCUAAAACAGAUGGGUUUAAAUUCACUGUUAGCGUACCAUAAAAUAUUAAAAUAGUUAUUUGCUAAUUUAUUUUGUUAUAUAUUUGUGCUUUUUUGAAAGGCCUUGAAAUGCAGUUUAAGUUUUAAAUAAAUUGUGCUAUAUUUAAUUUUUAAGAAAAA